GGCGGGCAGGAAGGGGGGUAGGAUUGUCCCGGUAAAUAGCACCGGGGGACGCGAUGAAGCUGUACUGCCUGUCAGGACAUCCAACCUUGCCAUGCAACGUGCUCAAGUUCAAGUCCACCACCAUCAUGCUGGACUGUGGGYUGGAUAUGACAUCGACCCUCAAUUUCCUCCCGUUGCCUCUGGUCCAGAGCCCCAGGCUGUCCAAACUUCCCGGCUGGGUUUUGAAAGAUGGAAGCACGUUUCUGGACAAGGAGCUGAAGGACUGCUCUGGCCACGUGUUUGUAGAUUCUGUGCCUGAGUUCUGCUUACCAGAGACUGAACUGCUUGACCUCUCCACAGUGGAUGUAAUCCUGAUCUCCAACUAUCACUGCAUGAUGGCACUGCCCUACAUCACAGAGUACACAGGAUUCACUGGAACAGUUUAUGCCACCGAGCCCACCGUUCAAAUUGGCAGGCUUCUCAUGGAAGAACUGGUGAAUUCCAUUGAACGCGUGCCAAAGGCCCAGUCUGCCUCCAUGUGGAAGAACAAGGAGGUACAAAGGUUGCUGCCAGCCCCGCUGAAGGAUGCAGUGGAGGUGUCCAUGUGGAGGAAGUGCUACACCAUGCCAGAGGUGAACGCAGCCCUCAGCAARAUCCAGCUGGUGGGCUAUUCCCAGAAAAUCGAGCUGUUUGGUGCUGUGCAGGUCACCCCUCUGAGCUCGGGCUACGCCCUUGGAAGUUCCAAUUGGAUUAUCCAGUCACACUAUGAAAAGGUUUCUUAYGUUUCAGGAUCUUCUCUGCUGACAACACACCCUCAGCCCAUGGACCAGGCYUCUCUUAAAAACAGCGACGUUCUCAUCCUGACGGGGCUGACCCAAAUCCCCACUGCCAACCCCGAUGGCAUGGUGGGAGAGUUCUGCAGCAACCUGGCCAUGACGGUGCGGAAUGGAGGCAACGUGCUGGUUCCCUGUUACCCCUCUGGAGUGAUCUACGACCUGCUCGAGUGCCUCUAUCAGUACAUCGACUCUGCAGGGCUCUCCAAUGUCCCCUUUUAUUUCAUCUCACCUGUUGCCAACAGCUCCCUGGAGUUCUCCCAGAUCUUUGCYGAGUGGUUGUGUCAUAACAAACAAACAAAGGUGUAUCUUCCAGAACCUCCUUUUCCCCAUGCUGAGCUCAUUCAGACAAACAAAUUGAAACAUUAUCCCAGCAUCCAUGGAGACUUCAGCAAUGACUUCAAGCAGCCCUGUGUCGUGUUCACUGGGCAUCCCUCUCUCAGAUUUGGGGAUGUGGUGCAUUUCAUGGAGCUAUGGGGAAAAUCCAGCUUGAACACUGUUAUAUUCACAGAACCUGAUUUCUCUUACCUGGAUGCCCUGGCUCCCUAUCAGCCCUUGGCAAUGAAAUGUGUUUACUGUCCCAUUGACACGAGACUCAAUUUUAUUCAGGUGUCUAAAUUACUCAAAGAAGUCCAGCCYCUGCACGUGGUGUGCCCCGAGCAGUACACACAGCCUCCUCCCACGCAGUCACACCGCACAGACCUGAUGAUCGACUGCCAGCCCCCGGCCAUGUCCUAUCGCCGCGCCGAGGUGCUCACGCUGCCCUACAAACGCCGCUACGAGAAGAUCGAGAUCAUGCCCGACCUUGCAGAUUCCCUCGUGCCCUUGGAGAUCAAGCCCGGUAUUUCCUUGGCAACAGUUUCCGCCGUGCUGCAUACUAARGACAACAAGCACGUUCUGCAGCUCCCUCCCAAACCUCCCCAAGCUCCUGCCAGCAAGAAGAGGAAGCGGGUGAGUGAUGAUGUGCCCGAGUGCAAAUCUCUGAAGCCGUUGCUGAGUGGCUCCAUCCCCGUGGACCAGUUUGUGCAGACUCUGGAAAAGCACGGUUUCAGCGAUGUGAAGGUGGAGGACACGGCCAAGGGCCACAUCGUGCUGCUGCAGGAGGCUGAGACKCUGAUCCAGCUGGAGGAGGACUCCACUCACAUCAUCUGUGACAAYGACGAAACCCUCAGGGUCAAACUGCGUGACCUGGUGCUCAAAUUCCUGCAGAAAUUUUAGCUCCUGGACGUCAGGAGGCUCUGCAAGGACAGAGCCUGGAGCAGGAGAGCUUGGAGCUCUCCAAGGACAGAGAAUUCUGGGAUUCAGAGACCACAAAUCACCUUCGUGGAGGAGCAAGGGAGUAUUUUUCAUAUCCAUCUAUUUUUUAAAUUUCAUUUUAAACCUUUUUUGGAAUACUUGGGUGAGAUACCUGUUACGUAAAAUUGGGAGUUGGGAAUCUUACAGGAGAUGGGAACUUCAGAGUAAAUAACUGGAGAGUUUAUUUACAGCAUCGUGGCAAACUGCUGCUCCUCUGAGUCCCUCAGCAGUGUCUGCCCAGUCCUUCACCUGACAAAACUCUGCAGGAGUAUUCAAACAAUGGCAUUUUCCCUCCCACUGCUUCUCCCCAGUCCCCAGAUCCCAUUCCCUGCCCCUCCUCCAUCUGUGUCUCUCACUGGCACGAGGAGGAGGAGAGAGCUGGUGAGGCAAAGAUUGUACAAACAAAAACAGAAUAAGAGAGUCUGGUGGGCAUGGAGAAUAGUGGGAAGAGCCUGGCCAUUCCCUGCUGAAGCAGAGGCACUUUGGAAAAGCUUUAUCCAUUGGGAAUUCAAGGUUUAUUGAUGCUGCAGCCUCCCCUGGCACACCCAGACCUGUCCGUGGAGCUCCAGAGCUGUUCGUGGAGCUCCAAAGCUGUCUGUGGAGCUCCAAAGCUGUCCGUGGAGCUCCAAAGCUGUUCGUGGAGCUCCAAAGCUGUCCGUGGAGCUCCAAAGCUGGUUCCUCCUGGGUUCCUCCAGCAGCAGCAGAGGAAUCGCCUCAGGAAGACUCUUAAGGAAGUCCAUAAAGUAGGAAAACCCCUAAUGCUCAUAAAAAUCCUUUUGAGAUUUAAGUGCCUCUUGUUUCUACCUUCMAAAAACUUGUCCUUGCAGCUCCCCAUCCCAAAUCCUGGACGAAAUUGAGUCGUUUAUCCAAAGCCAUCUGUGCUGCAGACCCGGGGAGGCUUUUCCCUCCCCAAAUCACGUAUUUGGGACCUAACCUUAGUGAGAAAGAUUGCUUUUAAAAGCAGCCUGUUUCUCAGAUUUACUGCUGUUCAUUUUUAUUAGGUUGUUUUGUAUUUAUUUGGUGUUCAAAAAUAAAAAGCAGAGUGAGACUGCCCAGGAGGGAGCACAUCCCAUGGUUUGUAAAAGCCUCUCCAUGCCCAUCCCACAUCCUCAUCCCAACACCUUUGGGAAAUAAAGCUCCAGUUCAUCCCUUUGGGGAGAUGGAGGCAGUGGGAGCAGCUCUGGAAUGAAAUCUCUGCCACUGCAGUGUCCAAACCCCAUUUUGGUUCCCGUUGAGGAUUUCUGUGGGAUUGGGUGUGCAGAUCCCAUCCACACCUUUAGUGUGAGGAAUGGUGUCAUCAAUGGGAUCAAAACUUGGGCCAGUGGGAUUCACUCCCCAUCAGGGUUUGUUGCUUUGGCAUAAUUUAAAAACAGCAAAAGAACUGAGCAUAGUCCACCUUUUUGAGCUCCAAAGGGAUUAUUCCUAACCCACAGGAGCCAUGGGAUAAACUCGUCUUCGUGCUGGUUCCCCCAGCUCCAGCACUGAUCCCACUGCUCCAGCACCUUCCUUUUCACAUUCCAAAGGCUUUCCCACCUUCCUCAGGGGAGAAAUUAAAAAUUAAAAGCUUUUACGUUUUUCUUCCUGACAUUUUGAGCAGGAAAAUUUCUUCUUGUUCCAUCAGUCCAUCCAGCAGGUGAGAGUGGAUUGUUUUGUUAUGUUCAGGUUGUGCCUGCUGGAAAAACAAACAUGCUGGGAGGGGAAUUCUUUCAUGAGGAAUCCUAAUUAAACUCAGAAAAGGAGUGCCUGUUCCUUCUGCCCAGAGCAAGAAAAACAAACAGCAUUUCUUUGGGCUGGCUCAGUCCUGCAGAGGGAACUGUGGCA